AAUUCUGGUUAUCGAUAAAAGGCAAUUGGUUAAUGAAUUUUUACUGAGCCUAAAUCAAUUGAUUAAGAACUUAUCUAUGCUUUAACUUUUCUUGGAAAAAGUCUUCCUGACAGAGUUUAUAAACCUCUUUCAGACCGUCCUCAUUUGGAGUUACCACAGAUACGUUACUGUAGAUAUAUCUCUUCAGAUACCUAGGAAGGAACUUUAAGAUAGUAUUCCAACCGCUUGUACAAUAAACAAUUGUAUUUUCAUUUAUAUGACUAUAAAGACACGACGCAGGACAUUAUUGCCGUGAUAACAAGCUACGAAUUUCUUUUCGGCCUUUAAUUGUUUUAGAUAACUUAUAUAUCCUUUCAUUUCUCUAGCGAAGCAUCCCAAAUAUCAGAUUAUCUUUCUAGUUUAUUUUUUUUUGCUUGAUCUCUCUUAUCCAAUUGGUUUCUCAUAAAUUCCGGUUUGUUAAGGCAUUUUUUGGUAUGAUUAGCAGCAUGCCUUCGGAUUCUAAUCUUUAUUCUAUUGGAAAAACUGAGAUUGGGGCUACCCCAAAUACUGAAUCAUUCGACAAUGAUCCCACGAAUAGAGCUACAUCCAAUUCAAUAAAUUCAAUAGAAUAUUUAAAAGAUGAGAAACAAGAUGUUUUCGAUUCUUCGUCGCAGCUAGAAAAGGGAUCCAACCACUCUACUAAAGAAUGGAAAAAAUUCUUUGAAAUUUUUAUUUGCGGCGUUGCUUUAAUUUCGGACGGCUAUUGCUCCAACUCUAUCGGUACAGUCAUGACGAUAUUAAAGAAGCUUUAUCCUAAGGAAACUACUAACAAUAAGUCGAUUCAAGACAUUGGUGUAAUUGCGUAUGUUGGUACCGUUGUCGGUCAAUUAUCAUUUGGUUGGUAUUCUGAUUUUUUCGGUCGUAAGAAUGGUAUGAUUACUGCUACCCUUAUCCUUAUUAUAUCCACCGCUCUUUGUGCCGGCGCUUACGGUUACCAUGGAAGCAUCAGCGGUAUGCUUUCUGCUUUGAUUGCUUAUAGGUUUUUCCUUGGUAUUGGUAUUGGCGCUGAAUAUCCUUGUGGAUCCGUGGCUGCUUCCGAAAACUCAAAUCAAAUGAAGUCUGGUAGACGCCAUGGUUCUUUUAUUUUUGUAACCAAUGCUGCAGUAGAUUUGGGGCUUGCUCUAGGUGCUUUCGUUCCGUAUAUCCUUGUUUGCAUAUUUGGCGAUCACCAUCUUAAAGUCGUUUGGCGUAUGUCUAUUGGUUUAGGUUGUGUCAUUCCCAUUAUUCUUUUUCUUUUCCGAUUGCCAAUGAAAGAAAAUAAUGUUUACUUACAAUCUAAAAUUCCCUAUUCCAAAAUUCCAUGGUCUGUCGUUUUACAUUUAUACGGUAUCCGCUUUCUCGUAAUUUGCAUCGUGUGGUUCACCUAUGAUUUAUCCACAUUUGCAUUUAGCUUAUACUCUAGUACGAUUGUAAGUGGUGUUCUUCCUCACAAUGCAUCUAUUGCGAAAAGCUUUGGAUGGAAUACUCUUAUUAACUCAUUUCCCCUUCCAGGUUCUUGGUUAGGUUGCAUAUUUUCCGACAUAAUUGGACCUAAGUGGUGCUUAGUAUCUGGCUUAAUCUUACAAGGUGCUAUUGGUUUUUUUAUGUCUGGCUUUUAUAAUCAAUUGGUUCAUCAUAUUGCCGGAUUCUGCGUCAUCUAUGGUAUCUUCUUGACAUUGGGCGAAUUCGGUCCUGGUGGUAGCAUUGGUUUGAUAGCUUCAAAGACUUCUCCUACUGCCAUCCGUGGUAUUUAUUAUGGUCUUGCUGCUGCUAUUGGGAAAUGCGGUGCUAUCACUGGUGUUUAUGUUUUUGGUGGAAAUGAAAUCCAAGUCUAUUUUUACGCCGCCAGCGGUAUCGCACUCUUUGUUGCUAUCCUAGUUUUUUUCUUUCUUCCUCAUAUUAGUCAAACCUGCGUUGAGGAUGAAGAUAAACGCUUCGUUGAGGCUUGUAUCGAGGCUGGAUAUGGUAAUCCCUAUGACUAUGAAGAAACCUACCUUGCCAAAGCAUAGUCUAAUGUUGGCUGGUACUCUCGACGUUGAAUGUAAUUAAUAAUGAGCAUAUUGCAUAAUAACGAAUUUUUUUACUCUCAGUCUAUCUUUCUCCCUUUUUUUCUGUUUUUACUAACUUGUCAUCAUUUAUUUAUUUAUUUACGUUUGCGCUUUCUUUUAAUGAAACGACUAGUAAAAGAAGGAGUAAUACAGAUUUUACUGAUAUUUGAGUUUCAACAUCAUGGACUCUUUCCCUGUGUCAUAGUGAUUUAUCAAAGUCUAAAAAAUUGAACCAUCAGGUAUGUCCGUAUGCCAUCCCACCUCGGCAUUUCCUUUAUAAUAAAUGCAGAAAGACAGAAGGCAGUCUGAAAGUUAGCACUUAAAUCUGUACUACUCUCAAUUGAUUAGUUUAUGGAAAGCGUUCUUGAGUAUUACGGGUGGUAUCUACAACAGCAUUAUUUAUAGCAAUUUUAGAAAACAUUCUAAAUAGAGAACAAUGUACA